GUUUAAUGAGUCCAAUCAGGCUCCAGCUGCUGAACCAGCAGCCUCCAGGUCCGUUAGCUUCCUUUUGAUGAGAUUCAGACCAUUGAAGCUGAUCCAGACAUGACGUUUCUGCUCAGAACCAAAGCUCAGCUCUUCGACCUGCACUGUUCUGUGGCUCUGACUGACUGGGACAUGGACCAGGAGCUCAAACUGGCCACGACCUCCGACCAGUUCUACCACGAUGACAAACUGAAUGAUCAGUACGUCGUCCAUAGGCCUUCAGCAAGAGCCUCGAGGAGGAAAGACGAAUUCAUUUGGUACGAUAAAACAUCAGACACCUUUGUGAAACCAAACCUGUGGCUGCUGGUGAAUCCCAACAUCGCCUGUCCGAUCCAGUACAGAGAAGCUGCAGCCGAUCCGAAUGAAGCCGCUGAUGAGGAAAUAAAAGCAGAGACUCAACGUCCACCUGCAGCCGAGCUUCACAUGUUUGCUGCCAAUGAUGCUUCUCUGCAGGAGGAGACGCUGCAAACUGUUUCCUCGUCUGCUGAGUUCAUGAUCAAAAAUGAAGACGUCUCCUGUCAACCAGCCAAGAACAGACGUAAAGCGAGAACCACGAAGUCAAGGGACAGUAAGAUGCUGAAGCCUGGAUGUUGGCCUCGUCCACCGGUUAAUUAUUCCAUCCUCAUUGCCUUGGCGCUGAAGAGCAGCCACAAUGGAAGCCUCAAAGUCCAGCAGAUUUACAACUUCACCAGAGAGCACUUCCCGUUCUUUCAGACGGCUCCGGACGGCUGGAAGAACACCAUCCGACACAACUUGUGCUUCAACAAAGGCUUCCGCAAAACCUGCAACCAGCUGUGCAGAGACGGCAAGAGGAAGUCGUGUUUUUGGCACCUGACUCUGGACGGCCAACGGCGGCUGAAGGACGAGAUCCACAUGUUGACGGGAGAAUCGCUGAAGCUGCUGGAGAGGAGCAUGGCCAAUCCAGAUAUAAUUCGGACUUUAUUUGCAACAUGAUUGCAGGUAUUGAAGUUUAAGUCAAUGCAUAAUAAAACUUAAUAUGCAAAAAUGUCUUUUCUAUAAUGCUGUAUAUCAUUUAAAUAAGUAUAUUAUUUAAUUUUUACAAAUUUGUAGAGAUCCUUCUGGAGAAUUUUGAUUUACUUAUUACAAAAAAUUGUGCAAUCAGGUGGGGGGGAAAGCACAGUUGUGAUAAUGAUAUUAGUUAAAUUAAAACUGCUGAAUAAAUACAUUUUUGUGUACAGUUAA